CUUACAGGAGCCUCCGACUCAGCCCGCAGGGGUUGUGCCACUUGGGCGGCAUUGAGUUGUGGGAUUGGGCCUGUAUCCGCGGGCUCCUUGAUUCUUCAGGUACUAAUUCAUUUAUCCAUCAGCACUCCCUUUAUUGAAUGCUGUCUAUGUGAAAGGAAUAAUUCUAGAUGCUUGGGAUAUAGCACUGAACAAAAGAGAAACUCUCUGCUGUCAUGGUACUUACAUUGUCGUGGACCAGAUAAUAAGCUCUGCCUUUUUAAGCCCUGUCCAUUACCAGACAGAAGAGGAAAUGACUGAGUCCCAGGGGACAGUGACAUUCAGAGAUGUGGCUAUUGACUUCACCCAGGAAGAGUGGCAACAGUUGGAUCUUGCUCAAAGGAACCUGUACCGGAAUGUGAUGCUAGAAAACUACAACAACUUAAUCACAGUGGGCUGUCCAUUCACCAAACCUGAUGUGAUUUUCAAGUUGGAGCAAGAAGAAGAACCUUGGGUGGUGGAGGAAGAAGUGUUAAGGAGACACUGUCCAGGAGAAGUAUGGGGAAUUGAUGAGCAUCAGAAAAUCCAGGACAGACUUUUGACACAAUUUGAAGAUAAAUUCACAAAAACACUGACUGAAGAAAAAGUCAUUGAAUGUCAUAAGAAAUUUGCCAAUGCAUUUCCUCUUAACUUGGACUUUUUUCCUUCCAGUCACAAUCUCUAUGAAUAUGACUUAUUUGGAAAGUGUUCAGAACAUAAUAACUUUGACUGUCAUAAUAGUGAUAGAAUCUUUAUAAGAAAGGAACAUUCUGAAUAUAAUGAACCUAUGAAAUCAUUUGUCAUUAAUCCAUCCCAUCUUGUAGUAACCCCCUUUAAAUGUAAUCACUGUGGGAAAGGAUUCAGUCAAACUUUGGACCUCAUCAGACACCUCAGAAUUCAUACUGGAGAGAAACCCUAUGAAUGUAAAAACUGUAGAAAAGCCUUCAGCCACAAGGAAAAACUCAUUAAACAUCAUAAAACUCAUAGUAGGGAGCAGUCUUAUGAAUGUAAUGAAUGUGGGAAAGCUUUCAUUAAAAUGUCAAAUCUCAUUAGGCAUCAAAGAAUUCAUACUGGGGAGAAACCCUAUGCAUGUAAGGAAUGUGGGAAAUCCUUCAGCCAGAAAUCAAAUCUCAUUGAUCAUGAAAAAAUUCAUACUGGAGAGAAACCUUAUGAAUGUAAUGAGUGUGGGAAAGCAUUCAGUCAGAAGCAAAGCCUCACUGCACAUCAGAAAGUUCAUACUGGGGAGAAACCUUAUGCAUGUAAUGAAUGUGGUAAAGCCUUCCCUCGAAUUGCAUCCCUUGCUCUUCACAUGAGAAGUCAUACAGGAGAAAAACCUUAUAAAUGUGAUAAAUGUGGAAAAGCUUUCUCUCAAUUUUCCAUGCUUAUUAUACAUGUAAGAAUUCAUACGGGUGAGAAACCCUAUGAAUGUAAUGAAUGUGGAAAAUCCUUCUCUCAAAGUUCAGCCCUUACUGUACAUAUGAGAAGUCAUACUGGUGAAAAACCUUAUGAGUGUAAGGAAUGUAGAAAAGCCUUCAGCCACAAGAAAAACUUCAUUACACACCAGAAGAUUCAUACUAGAGAGAAACCUUAUGAAUGUAAUGAAUGUGGGAAAGCUUUCAUUCAAAUGUCAAAUCUCGUUAGACACCAGAGAAUUCACACUGGAGAAAAACCGUACAUAUGUAAGGAAUGUGGCAAAGCCUUUAGCCAGAAAUCAAAUCUCAUUGCACAUGAAAAAAUUCAUUCUGGAGAGAAACCCUAUGAAUGUAAUGAAUGUGGUAAAGCCUUCAGCCAAAAGCAAAACUUUAUUACACAUCAGAAAGUUCACACUGGAGAGAAACCUUAUGAUUGUAAUGAAUGUGGUAAAGCCUUUUCUCAAAUUGCAUCCCUUACUCUUCAUCUGAGAAGUCACACAGGAGAAAAGCCUUAUGAAUGUGAUAAGUGUGGGAAAGCCUUCUCUCAGUGCUCAUUGCUCAACUUACAUAUGAGGAGUCAUACUGGUGAGAAGCCCUAUGUAUGUAAUGAAUGUGGAAAAGCUUUCUCUCAAAGAACUUCUCUUAUUGUGCACAUGAGAGGCCAUACAGGUGAGAAACCCUAUGAAUGUAAUAAAUGUGGAAAAGCCUUCUCCCAAAGCUCAUCCCUUACUAUACAUAUACGAGGUCAUACAGGUGAGAAGCCCUUUGACUGUAGUAAAUGUGGAAAAGCCUUCUCUCAAAUCUCAUCUCUUACACUUCAUAUGAGAAAACAUACAGGUGAGAAGCCUUAUCAUUGUUAUGAGUGUGGUAAGGCUUUCAGCCAAAAGUCACACCUUGUUAGACACCAGAGAAUUCAUACUCAGUAGAACACUAUGAAUAUUGUGAAUAUGGAAAAGCCUUUAGAAAGAAUUAGCAUCUCCUUUCACAUAAUCAGUUCUAGAACAGAAAACUAUGACUGUGGA